CAAGUCUGCAAAACGAGCUCACCAAUAUUAAUAAAAAUUUGGGUGACAUCGAGCUCAUAGGUGAACAGGAUGGUACAAUAAUAAAACAAUCAGAGUUGGGAAAAAAAUUGAUCCAUCAAUUGCAAACAUUUAAAAAUAUUGGAUUGCCAAAGGAGAACGGAAAAUCAGAAGAGAACCAUGAAUCAUCUAAUGAAGUUUUGACCGAGCCUGCCACUGGAAAAAACAUGGUUACAUACGAAUUAUACUAUUCUCCUGAAACCACGAAAGUUCAUACAUUAGCCAAAACGACUGAACUCGAUGAGCGCAUUUCCUCCUUGGAGAAACUUGUCGGCACCGCACAUGGGCAAAAUUUUGAGGAUCUUUCAAUUUCGAUAACAAAUACCAACCUUAUUACUGCAGUGGAUAAGUUGGAUCAACACAUGCAAAUUUUAGCACAACCGCGUCAUUUGGAGUCGGUUUCUAGAAAGGCGAAAACCUUGGUCGGAGAACUGGAAAAAGUGAAUGAAUUAAAGAAUAAGGAGCUUUCUAAUGGAGGUGUCAUCGCUUUUGAGACUGAAGAAAAGAUCAACUAUCUAUUUGCCCUCUUAGACAAAGUUGACCCACUGAUGUCCAUUGCACCAGCCUUGGUCAACCGUUUGAAAUCAUUGCAGCAAUUACAUCAGGAGGCCACGGUAUUCGGCGAAACCGUUAAAAUGUUGAACGAUGGACAAAACAAAAUUAGCGAGGAACUAAAGAGUCUACAAGAAGUAUCCGGAAAUCUGGAGAAAUCCUUCGAAGAAAAUAAUGCUGCUAUCGAGAAAAAUAUCAAGAUUGUGGAUGAUCGCAUAACCGAUCUUACUCAACGUUUAGAUAAAUUAACAGUUAAAAAUUAG